UCUUAGCCUGCUGCAGAACACACGGAUUACUCAGAUGUAUCAUAGAGGGAUCAUAAUCACUUGAUCUGAUUUGUUAUUGGAAUACGGUGUCAUUUUGUCUUCAGCAUGAAUUUCUCGGCGAUUCUUGUGGAUUCCUAUGUUUGGCUUGGACUGAGCAUUUUCAUUGUUCGUAGCGCAUGUGGAGACGUGAGCUAUUCCAUUCCGGAGGAGCUCAAGCGAGGAUCAGUAAUCGGAAAUGUUGCCAAAGAUAUUGGACUGGAUUUGAAGCGGUUGUCUUCCCGCAAGGCUGGAAUCGUAGCAGAAGGUAACAGCAGAGGUUUCAUCGAUAUUAAUUUAAAAACUGGAGAGCUAACAGUGGCUGAUCGAAUAGAUAGAGAGGAGGUGUGCUAUGAGAAGCUAUUCUGUGUGCUUAGCGUCGAGCUAAUGCUCGAAAACCCACUGGAACUGCAUCGCAUUUUAGUUGAAGUAAAGGACAUUAAUGAUAACCCUCCUGUAUUUCCCAACGAGGUUAUUAAGUUGGAUAUAAGUGAAAAUGCUGAUAAAGGGGAAAUCUUUCCUCUUGACGACGCGCACGAUGCAGAUAUAGGACAGAAUGCAGUGCAGAAUUACGCACUAGAGGACAAUACUCAUUUUGUAUUGGCUGUUCGUACAAACGAUGACGGGGGGAAAUACGGUGAGCUGAUUUUAGACAAAGAGCUGGAUCGCGAACAAGAAGAAGAGGUUAGGUUAGUUCUGAAGGCAAUUGAUGGUGGGGAUCCAGUGAGAUCUAGUACUGUAGCCAUACACAUCACUGUACUGGACGCUAACGAUAAUGCCCCAGUCUUCAGUCAGGGUGUGUACAAAGCCUCUCUUCCUGAGAACUCCCCUCCAGACACAGUGGUACUGAAAGUAAGCGCAACCGAUGCAGAUGCUGGAGCAAACGGAGAGGUCACAUAUGAAUUCAGUCGCAUCUCUGAAAAAGCUAGAAAAAUGUUUGCCUUGAAUCAGCAAAGCGGAGAGGUAAGAGUGAUAGGAACAGUGGACUACGAGGAUGAAGCUAAAUAUGAAAUGCGCAUUCAGGGCAAAGAUGGAAAUGGGCUCAAAUCUGAUACAAAAGUAUCUAUAGAUAUUUUUGAUGUGAAUGACAACGCCCCCAUUAUAUAUUUAAAAUCUUUAAAUAGUCCUGUGCCAGAGAAUGCGCCACCGGGCACGGAGGUGGGCAUCAUAAAUGUUCAGGACAGAGACUCUGACAGUAAUAACCGGCAGAUUCGCUGCACCAUUCAGCAGGGCGUGCCAUUCAAACUCGUGCCAUCCAUUAAAAACUACUUUUCUCUGUUGACCACAGGCGAGUUAGACCGUGAAUUAAUAACUGAUUACAAUAUCACAAUCACAGCCACUGACGAGGGUUCUCCACCUCUCUCCUCCUCUAAAGUAGCGCAGCUAUCUGUUGCUGAUGUGAACGAUAACCCCCCUGUAUUUAGUAAGCAGUCUUACAUCGCACAUGUCACAGAAAAUAACAGCCAGGGAUCCUCUGUGGCCUCAGUAACGGCAUCAGAUCCUGACUGGAGACAGAACGGCACUGUGAUUUAUUCUCUCCUCCCCGGAGAGGUGAACGGCUUUCCCGUGUCAGCAUUACUGUCCAUAAACGGAGACACUGGUGUUAUCCACGCCGUCAGGUCUUUUGAUUAUGAGCAGUUUAAAGAUUUCAAAGUUAAGGUGUUAGCCAGAGAUAACGGGUCACCUCCUUUAAGCAGUAAUGUGACUGUGAGCAUCCAUGUAGUCGAUGUGAACGAUAAUUCUCCUCAGAUACUUUACCCAUCACCUGAUGGCAGCUCUGUUAUGACCGAGUUAGUGCCCAGAGCUGCGCCUGCCGCUUCCCUUGUGUCCAAAGUCAUCGCAGUAGACGCAGACUCUGGCCAGAACGCAUGGCUUUCAUACAGUAUCAUCAAAGCCACAGACCCUGGACUUUUCACCAUCGGCGUUCACAGUGGAGAGAUCAGGACGCAGAGAGACAUUUCAGAAUCAGAUGCCAUAAAACAGGAUCUUACUGUGGCAGUGAAAGAUAACGGACAGCCUUCUCUAAGUGUGACUUGCACUAUGUACUUGGUCAUCUCUGAUAACUUGGCUGACAUUCCUGAACUGAAAGACAGGAGUCAUGAGGACAGCAGUUCUAAACUCACCACAUACUUGAUCAUUGCACUGGUGUCUGUGUCCACGUUUUUCCUCACCUUCAUGAUCAUCGCACUGGCUGUGAGGUUUUGCCACAGGAGGAAGCCCAGACUGCUAUUCGAUGGAGCAGUGGCCAUUCCCAGCGCCUACCUGCCUCCAAAUUACGCAGACGUGGAUGGCACUAUGACGCUGCGAAGCGGGUACAAUUAUGACGCAUACCUCACCACCGGGUCGCGCACAAGUGACUUUAAAUUUGUCCAGUCUUACAACGAUGGGACUCUACUGGCUGACCGCACUCUCUCCAAGCCUUGCACUGCCGAUGAACUGUUUGGACCCUGUGACGAACCAGAAACUCUACCGCAGUAUUAUUCCCUUGUGACAACUGCUGACCUAGACCGUGAGGUGACGUCUGAUUACAACAUCACCAUCACUGCUACUGAUGAGGGCACUCCGUCACUCUCAUCAUCCAAAACGGUGCACUUAAUGGUGGCUGAUGUUAACGACAACCCACCUAAUUUUCAGCAGAAGUCAUAUAGUGCCCACAUUACAGAAAAUAACAAGCCAGGCUCUCCUGUCUGCUCCGUGUCAGCCACAGACCCCGACUGGAGACAGAAUGGUACAGUGAAUUACGCACUGCAUGCCAGUGAUGUGGACGGCACUCCAGUGUCAUCCCCGUUGUCUAUUAAUGGAGAUACAGGUGUCAUUCACGCUGUCAGGUCAUUUGACUACGAGAAGCUGAAAAGUUUUACGGUUCAGGUCAUCGCCAGAGAUAACGGUUCUCCUCCACUCAGCAGCAACGUUACUGUGAGCGUUUUAGUGUCCGAUGAGAAUGAUAACACGCCUCAGAUUUUAUACCCAGCACCCGAGGGAAGCUCUCUCAUGACAGAGAUGGUGCCUAAAGCGGUGCAGGGCAACUCUCUCGUCUCUAAGGUCAUUGCAGUGGACGCAGACUCAGGACAGAAUGCGUGGCUCUCGUAUCAUAUUGUCAAAGCUACUGAUGCGGGUCUUUUCACCAUCGGCGUCCACAGUGGAGAGAUCAGGACGCAGCGAGACAUUUCUGAAAGCGAUGGCAUGAGACAGAACCUUAUUGUCUCCGUGAAAGAUAACGGUCAGCCUACUUUGUCUGCAACCUGCACGGUGUCUUUGCUUAUUUCAGAUAACUUAGUCGAGAUUCCCGAAUUGAAAGACAUGUCUAUAGACACUGGAUCUAAGCUGACCACUUAUUUGAUCAUAGCGCUGGUGUCUGUCUCCACCUUCUUCAUUACGUUCCUUAUUCUCGCACUGGCUGUGAAAUUCUGCCAGCGGAGAAAACCUAGACUUUUGUUUGAUGGAGCAGUGGCCAUUCCCAGCGCCUAUCUUCCCCCAAAUUACGCAGAUGUGGACCCCACUGGAACUCUUCGCAGCGUCCGCAGUGCCUAUAACUAUGACGCCUACUUGACUACAGGAUCACGCACCAGUGACUUUAAAUUUGUCAGAUCUUACAAUGAUGGCACACUUCCUGCUGAUUCCACUCUGAGGAAGACGUCCUCUCAAGACCCCUUUGGAUCAUGUAACGACUUAGACGAUUGUCAGAAAAUGCUGAACAAAGGAUUACUCGCGGUCUGGCUGAUUCCCGUGGCUCUUUUGUGUAUACUGAUGCACAGCGUGAAAGGAGACUUGAGCUAUUCUGUACCGGAAGAGAUGGAACGAGGAUAUGUAAUCGGAAAUAUUGCCAAAGACCUUGGACUGAAUGUAAAGGAAUUAUCAUCAAGGAAGGCUCGCAUUAACGCUGACGGUAAUCGUAAACGUUUUUGUAACAUUAAUCUGGCUACCGGAGAAGUGACUGUAGCAGAGAUAAUGGACAGAGAAACCCUCUGCAAAGACAAACUGUCGUGCAUUGUGAAACUAGAGUUGGUUCUGGAAAAUCCGUUAGAGCUUCAUAAAAUCACCUUACACAUCCAGGACACCAACGACAACUCGCCAUCCUUUACCAAAGAUGUAGUCAAAUUCGAGAUACGCGAAUCUGCCGUUAAAGGGGCUCGUUUUCGCCUGACUGAGGCUCGCGAUGCAGAUAUCGGACAAAACGCAGUGCAGAAUUACAUACUGGAAAAGAAUGAUCAUUUUAUUUUGGCUUCCACUUCAAACAAAGACGGUAGAAAGAUCGUUGAAUUGGUAUUAGAUAAAGAGCUUGACCGCGAACUACAGCAAGAGCUGAUUCUGAUUCUGACCGCAGUCGAUGGCGGUAUUCCACCCAGAUCAGGCACGGUGCAGAUACACGUCACUGUGCUGGAUGCGAAUGACAACGCUCCUGUGUUUACUGAGGAGGUGUAUCGGGCUACUCUGCCGGAGAAUUCAGUAUUAGGAACAGUAGUAGCAAAAGUCAGUGCAACUGAUAGGGAUGAAGGUAUAAACGGAGAGGUGACCUAUGAGUUUAGCCAUGUGUCAUCGUCAGAAAAAAUAGCGUUUGCAUUAGAUUCUAAUACAGGGGAAAUUACUGUCAGCGGACCGCUAGAUUAUGAAGAAGAGUCCCUUUAUGAGGUAAUAGUUGAAGGUAAAGAUGCCUUUGGCCUUUCCACCGAUACAAAGGUUAUAAUUGAGCUGACAGACGUGAAUGAUAAUACUCCAGAAAUACACUUGCAGUCAUUAAAUAACCACAUUUCUGAGAAUACACAACCAGGUACUGAAGUUGGCAUCAUUAAUGUGCAAGACAGAGAUUCUGACGUGAACGGACAAGUGAGGUGCUUCAUUGGGUCUAAUGUCCCAUUUGAAUUAGUCCCUUCAAUCACAAACUACUAUUCCCUUGUAACAACUGAUGAACUAGAUCGUGAGGUGACUUCUGAUUACAACAUCACCAUCACUGCUACUGAUGAGGGCACUCCGUCACUCUCAUCAUCCAAAACGGUGCACUUAAUGGUGGCUGAUGUUAACGACAACCCACCUGUUUUCCAGCAGAGGUCAUAUAGUGCCCACAUUACAGAAAAUAACAAGCCAGGCUCUCCUGUCUGCUCCGUGUCAGCCACAGACCCCGACUGGAGACAGAAUGGCACAGUGAAUUACGCACUGCAUGCCAGUGAUGUGGACGGCACUCCAGUGUCAUCCCUGUUAUCUAUUAAUGGAGAUACAGGUGUCAUUCACGCUGCCAGGUCAUUUGACUACGAGAAGCAGACAAGUUUCAAGGUUCAGGUCAUCGCCAGAGAUAACGGCUCUCCUCCACUCAGUAGCAACGUAACUGUGAGCGUCUUAGUGUCCGAUGAGAAUGAUAACACGCCUCAGAUUUUAUACCCAGCACCUGAGGGAAGCUCUCUCAUGACAGAGAUGGUGCCUAAAGCUGUGCAGGGCAACUCUCUCGUCUCCAAGGUUAUUGCAGUGGACGCAGACUCAGGGCAGAAUGCGUGGCUCUCGUAUCAUAUUGUCAAAGCUACUGAUCCGGGUCUUUUCACCAUCGGCGUCCACAGUGGAGAGAUCAGGACGCAGAGAGACAUUUCUGAAAGCGAUGGCAUGAGGCAGAACCUUAUUGUCUCAGUGAAAGAUAACGGCCAGCCCCCUCUGUCUGCAACCUGCACAGUGUAUUUACUUAUUUCAGAUAACUUAGCCGAGAUCCCAGAGUUGAAAGACAUGUCCCAAGACACUGGAUCUAAGCUGACCACUUAUUUGAUCAUAGCGCUGGUGUCUGUUUCCACCUUCUUCAUCACGUUCCUUAUUCUCGCACUGGCUGUGAAAUUCUGCCAGCGGAGAAAACCUAGACUUUUGUUUGAUGGAGCAGUGGCCAUUCCCAGCGCCUAUCUGCCCCCAAAUUACGCAGAUGUGGACCCCACUGGAACUCUUCGCAGCGUCCGCAGUGCCUAUAACUAUGACGCCUACUUGACUACAGGAUCACGCACCAGUGACUUUAAAUUUGUCAGAUCUUACAAUGAUGGCACACUUCCUGCUGAUUCCACUCUGAGGAAGACGUCUUCUCAAGACCCCUUUGGAUCAUGUAACGACUUAGACGAUUGUCAGGUAAACUGA